UAGCCAGCCAGCCAGCACCUCGAACAGGUUUCAUGCUCGUCGAACGAAAACAGAAAGGUGCUCAAUUCAGUGCAGUGUGGAGGUAUUCGCGUGUUGACGUAUCGCGGAAAUUGUAAAAAUUUAUUUGACAAACUUUUCAAUGCCCCUGCAUGCAGUGUAGUAGGCACAAUAAUUGAAAAGGCAAAGUAGUGUAGACUCAAGCAGACAAAAAAGCAUAAUAUUUAUAUAGAAAUAAAAAGACUUUGGUACCGCAACGACGUCUCGUCUUGUGACUCAACGUGAAAAAAACAAUUGUAUUGUUUUUAUAAAAACGUGAAAUAACGCGUGUAAUGCCGGAAACUGAAAGUGAACUUAAUGAAAAAAAUUGAAAAUUUGUGUUUUUGAAAAAUACAAAAAAUAUAAAUUUUUUAAAGUGAAAUUGUGCGUGAGCAGCCGCCUAAGUCUUACUUGGAUACUUGUGUUGAUUGACUAAAUAAUUUUUGGUGAUUUUCAAUAAUCAGAAUUCGCACAAAAACGCAUAAGCAUUACGGCACUCAAAGACGACGGGCGAAAGACGGAGAAUAAAAAGGCAGCGCAGAGCGUAGUGCAGUGAAGGUGACGCGCGGAAGAGCAUAGUUAAAGCGAAGUGCUACCUGUGCAAGUAACGGUGCAAAAGAAACAGUGUUUGGGAAAAUUAAAAAUUUGCGAAAAUAGCGACAAAAAUUUGCUAAGAUAGCGUACAAGAAAGUGGCUUGCUUAGAAAGCGCUGCCAAAAUCCAUAUAAAUAAGACAAGCGCAGGCAUAGGCUUAUGAAAAAGAUAACUAUUAAAACAAAAAUUAAAAAUUUGUAAAAAAAAUUAGUGACAAGCGUGUUUCAAGUGACGCAGCAUAAGCGCAGCGUAAUAGCAAAUAAACUACAACAACACAAACAGUCAUAACACAAACACAGGCAGACACAGCAGCAGCGCAAAAAAAUAUAUAAAAAAAUACCAAUUUUUCUGACGCACAAAAAAUGGUUUCAAAACAGUGCAAAUCAAACGCCAACAACAUACUAAUUUACCACAAAGUGUAAUAAAAGUGUGCGCUUAACUGGCAAACAAUAUUAGACAAAAAAUUUAAGAAAAAAUCGAAGGCGCAAAGCCAAACGCAACAUUUAGCGCACGAAACGCUAAGCAAACAAACUAAUUUACGCCAGCAAGACAAGCGUUAGCAACGCCACAAUAAUUAUAAUAAUAAUUACAACAAACCACAUAACACACACAACAACUACAACGCCGCCGUGUACGCUAUACCGCCACAACAACAACAACCACCACACAACAUGUUGACCAUGGAAUCGGAUAUGAAAGGCGGCAUCUUGCAUGCCACCAUGCCGCCGCAUCAUGCGUCCGCCGCUUUGCAUGGCCAUGCCGCGUCGCCGUAUAGCGCGCUCGGACCGCUCAUGAAUCUGGGACAAUCGCACUUGACACAAUCGCAUUUGAGUCAGCAUCAUCAUCAUCAUAUGGCCACGCAUUUGGCCAGCAGCGGUGGACAGCAACAAAGCGCGCUACUGGGCAAUGGUGGCGGUGGUGGUGGUGGACUCUCCAGCAAUCCGCUAAGUUCAUUGCAGACCAGCAUGGCAAAUACGCUGAAUGGCAGCGCUAGUCUGCAACAGCAACAGCAGCAACAACAACAGCAGCAACACGGUUCACCAUUACACAGCGCUAGCGACUUGAGUCCCACACAAUCGAGCAUCGGCAGUCAUCAUAUGACAUCGCCGGGCGGUCAACAGCAACAACAGCAGCAACAGCAACAUCAUGGCGUGCAUCACCAUAGCGGUAUGGGUGGUGGCGCCUCUAUUGGCGGUCAAAAUGCGAAUGUACCCACGGUUAUUGGCGGCGGCAAUCACAAUGUGAAUAACAAUAACGCGUCGACCACGAAUAAGAAUCAAGCGAAUGCGGAGCGCGUGAAGCGCCCCAUGAAUGCGUUUAUGGUGUGGUCACGCGGACAGCGCCGCAAAAUGGCCUCCGACAAUCCGAAAAUGCACAACUCAGAGAUUUCGAAACGUUUGGGCGCACAGUGGAAGGACCUCUCCGAGGCCGAGAAGCGUCCAUUCAUCGACGAAGCGAAACGUUUGCGCGCGGUGCAUAUGAAGGAGCAUCCUGAUUACAAGUAUCGGCCACGACGCAAGACAAAGACGCUAACCAAAUCGAAGGAGAAGUAUCCAAUGGGUGUCGGCUCAUUGCUGCAGCCAAACGAACCGAAUGCGCCUAAUGCGGCGCGCAAUACAAGCGCCAGCUCGAUGGCGGCCGCACAACAGGCCGCCGCCGUCAAUCGGGAUAUGUAUCAGAUGAGCGCCCCCAACGGUUAUAUGCCGAACGGUUAUAUGAUGCAUGAUCCUUCAGCCGCCGCAUACCAAAGUCAGCACAGCGCCUAUAUGGGCAACUAUCAUCGCUAUGAUAUGGGACAAAUGCAUCAGGCGGCCGCUGCUGCGGGCUCACUCAACUACAUGAAUCCGGCGGCGAGUGGCGGUUACGGCAUGUACGGCACUGUGUCGGGUGGACAAACCUCACCGUAUGCCAGCAUACAACAGCCCGGUUCACCCUAUAGCAAUGUACAACAACAGCCUGGCUCGCCGUAUGGCCUCACAGGCGGUCAACCGGGUUCCCAAGUCUCCUGCCAAAGUCAUAGCCCGAGCGAUUCGAGCAUCAAAUCCGAACCGGUCUCGCCCAGCCCGCUACACAGUCAAGCGCAACAAAAUUCCGCCGCUGUGCUCGCCGCCAACAACAAUAACAAUCAUAUAAUGAAACGUGAAUAUGGCGCGACGCAGCAAACGACCGAUUUGAAUCAUUUGAUGAAUAUGUAUCAUUUACCCGAUGGCAUGCAGGCAUCAGCCGCCGCAGCCGCUGCCGCUGCGGAACAUCAACGCAAUCUGAUGCAUUAUCAGAAUAGUUCGCCGGACUUGCAGCAACAGCAUGCGCAACAUCAGCAAUCGAUGCGCGCGAUGGCGCCACUCGCUCACAUGUGA